AAAUAUUCAUUUUAAAUUGUACAAACUUAAAAACGUUUUAGUAGAAUUAAUUACUAUUCGAAUUUAUAAAGUUUUAAAAAAUUAUUAAAUAGCAUAACUCAAUGUUUAAAGAUUAAUAACUUAGUUUUUCAACAAGUCGACCGCGAUCUCCAAGAAUUUUUGAACCGUAACAUUAUAGCGUUCCAAUUGGAACAAGGUUGAGAAGUGCUCUUCUAUAAACUUUUUCAGCUUAUAACUUUAAUAUAUCAAUAUAAUUAGAUAUUAUUUUAGAAAAACGUGAAAAAUGCUAUAAAUAUAUAAAUAUGUGUACUUUUAGCGCCAAUCCAGAACCUCUGGAAGAAAUGGGUGAGUCGUCUCCUCAAGAAUCUUCAAAUCCACUUUCUCCAGUGGCAGAAAGACUUGCUGGAUAUGUCUCUCCGUUAAGAGUUAGGACCAUGAAAGAGUACGAUCAGCAAAUAUGUGAGUUAAAGAAAGAGAAUUUUCACUUGAAGCUAAGAAUGUAUUUUCUGGAAGAAAAAAUGGAUAAGAAAUUCGAGGGAGACAUUCUAGACUUACAUAAACUUGUAAGUUAAAUGUCCU